UUAGUCGACGUCAUUGGUAAUUGCUAAUUGUCUGUCUCGUCUCUCUAACCCUUAUCGGACGAGGCUCAUCAUGUCGCCCGCGGUCCGCUGAUUCGUCGGCGUCGUCGAUCUCGUCCUUCCUGGUCUUGCAAACGAGGCUUAGCACAUCAUCGGAGAUGUCGUCCGUGGUUCUGUGGAUGAGCGUCUGCUGCUGCGUCGUGAUCGUAACUGCCGAGGAAACCGACUGCGGAUUCGAGAUUCCCGGCGAUGACGUCAGCCCAGAGGAUGGGUUCCGAGGGCUGGAGCUCGGUGACGACCGUAUCGGCAGCUGUGCUGUCGACGAACAGAACUUCAAGACGCGAAAGACGGAACGCCUGAAGCUCACCGCCAAGAUGACGGUGUUUCGACGAACGUUCACCAAUAUCACUGCACCGACGACCACGACGGAGUUGCCGUUUCUCCUGGACGUAGCUCCGACAGUCACGUCCUUAAUUGAAAGGGACGAGUCUGUGGUAUUGCCAGUGGCUACUACGCAAGAGUCAGGUGACUUCGACCCCGGAAACGCCACUGGCGGAUACAAAGCUGGAGCGAGACUUCUUGCAACGGGAAAAGCGGCAAGAUGAAGAAGAGGAAGAAGAAGUCGAAAAGUUCAUCGUCAAGCCUGAGCCGUGCGACUUUGGACAGGCCGAAGAAGUGAGUCUGUGCGACUGGACGAACUACUUCAACGCGACGCCCAAGAUGGCCUGGAAACCCGGCAAGGGAGACACUGCGCUGUGGCUCGGGGGACCCAGGACAGACCACACGCUCAACACCGGGGAAGGCGGCUACGUCUUCUUCGAGACUUCGUUCCACGAGCGACCCGGUCCGAGCAUCGUGAGUUCCGGCGACGCCUCGUCGUCGGCUGGCGACGCCGCAGCGGGAACCGCGGACCCGCCUGCGCCCACGGCUUCGGCCGCGGUCACCACGAGAGCGCCCGAGGUGCGCCAGUACCUGUACGAGUCCGUGGUGCUCGCCACCAGGAACAUCACGCCCACGGGGCCUAUGGGUUUCUGCGUCAGCUUCUUCUACGCCCUGGAAGGGCUGAGUGUGGACCGGCUCAAGGUGGUCAUCAUGGACGCCGAGACGCAGGACAACAUCACCGUCUGGGAGAGCCAGGACAACUACGACGGACGAUGGACCAAGGGCGAGGUGGCGUACACCUACGGCGACGUUCAUCAGGUGUGGUUCGAGGCGGUGCCCAAGCCGCGCGGUGACCCAGCGCGCAAGUUCCGAGGCUACAUCGCCCUGGACGACAUCCUCUUCGACCGCAUGGAGGAGGCCGGGGACAACUGCCUCGGUCACUGCACAUUCGAAGGCGGCUACUGCGGCUGGCAGAACGCCGACACGGACGACGACUUCAACUGGGAACAGGGACGGGGCAGCCAGAGCUUCCUCACCGGACCGUCCAGGGACUACAGCUCAUUCGGGAAGGACGAAAUGACCGGCGGAUACAUAUUCAUCGAUUCGUCCUUCCCCAGAAGACCCUUGGACCGGGCAAGGCUGAUCAGCCCGACCCUGAAGGCGACGGGCGCCAACCUUCCCAUGUGCAUGCGAUUCGCCACGCACAUGUUCGGCAACGGCAUCGGAACUCUUCGGGUGCUGCAGCACGCCGAGGGCGCCGAGACGCCCCCGCGGCCAAUCUGGGAGAUCUCCGGAGAGGCGGGCAACAGCUGGCACUUGGCGCAAGUGCAAGUGGCCACCACGGAACCAUUCACGCUUAUUCUGGAGGCCAGCGUGGGCGCCAACUCUCUCGGCAACAUCGCCAUCGACAACAUAUCCUUCAGGGUGGGCACGUGCCCGAUUUCACCACAGACGGCGGCCAGGAAUUCAGGUGACUGCAACUUCGAGGAGGACACGUGCGGCUGGACUAACCCGCACCCGGCCGACGGCUUGGACGAUCUGGACUGGACCCGACAGUACAGCUACGGGGUCAACGGUCCUCCCGCUGACCACACCAAGCGAAAACCGGACGGGUACUACAUGAACCUCGCCAGCUCGAGCCACCUGCCUCAGCGGGGCGGCUCGAAGGCGUGGCUUGUGAGCCCGAAGCUGGGGCCGGACAGCGCGCUUCCCCGGUGCAUCUCGUUCGCGUACUACAUGUUCGAGCGCACCAUCGACCCGGCGGGCCCGAGCCUGGGCUCUCUGCGGGUGCACGUGCUCCGAGACGCGGCCCCGGGUCUUUUCUCUCUGCAGACCGUGUGGCGGCUCAACAACCACCAGGGCUCCCGGUGGCUCGUGGCCCGGUGUCCCAUCAAGCUGCCCGACGGGAACCCCAUCAACGAGGCCUACCAGGUGGUGCUCGAAGGCAUCUGGGGCCACGGUAGGGUCGGCUACGUGGCAGUGGACGACGUCAGCUUCUUCGACGGCGACUGCAACACGUUUCCCGAAAAAGCCAAGGCGAUCCCGGGCGAGUGCUCCUUCGAGCGCGACAUGUGCGGCUGGACCAACCACACGGACACGGCUCCGACGACCAACCUGGUAGGGCGCGUGGGCUCGGCGCCCAGAGACUCUCUCACCUGGAGGCUGGCGUCGGUGGUCAGCCGGCCGGCCAACCUGCAGGACCACACGUACCGGGCACCGACUGGCUACAUCUUCUUCGACAUAUUCAACCAGAACUCGGUGCAGAACCCAGUCCUCCGCAGUUCGACCAUCCCGGCUCUCGAAGGCCAGGCCGAGCGAUGCCUGAGCUUCUGGUUCGCUCCUUUCGGUCGUGGCGAGUCGUCCACUCUGAGCGUGUUUCAGGCACCCGAGGCGCCCCCAGCGGGCGACGAUGGCGCCACCAACGGAAACGCAGCCGCGCCGCGAACUCUUCUGUGGCGCCUGUCUACGCGCCGCAUGGACACCAGCCGGCCGGACUGGCGAUACGGACAAGUCAAAGUGGCCGCUGAGGCACCGUUCAAGAUCCACUUCGAAGGGGAGGCCACGGAUGGAGGCUUCGCUUUGGACGACAUCACCAUGUACGAAGGGAACUGCGAAACGGUUCAGUGCGUAGCUGAGCUCUUGCCACAGCCGCCGCCGGUCGGUGACCGUGACGCCGUGCUGCAGCUCGAUGGCUUUCGCAGCAAGCUGCGGAUGUUCGGUCAUAAAGGCAAGCACCAGCGCGCGCUGACCCUCGGAAACGCAGAUGAGCAGCUGCUGCUGGUAGCUAGCGGCAGGCUAACAGUGUCGUUGCCCUCCGCCAUUACUGCGCUUGACUGA